AUGUCACGCAUCCCGAAGCCAAGGAGGAAAGUGCAACAGUGGGUCAUCACUGGCCUGUCGGAGCGGGCGCCGGUGCAGGGCGGCUACCAGAAGCAUGGCCCGCCUGGGGGUGAGGCCCUCAACAAGCGCGAGAAGAAUGAGCUUCAGAAGCUCCGCGCACAGGCACGCAGGGAAGGCCGCAACCCGGAUUUGGUGAUGCUGCCGCCGCCGAAGCUGCGGCGGGCGCCGAAGCUGCGCGAGCCGGAUGCCAUUCUUUUGGGCCCAGCCUUGCCCACCAUGGCGCUGCCGCCGGCCGAGAUCAUGGAUGCUGCGCAGCUGGGGCGUGCGUGCAACGCCGUCGCCCGCGGAGACGGUGCCGUGACCUUGCUGCCGGGCUUGGCGCACCGUGCGCGGGAGCUGGUCCUUGAGCUGGCGCCAAGGGAUCUGACGAAGGUCCUGAAAGCCUUCAGCCGGCAGCGCUAUGAGGAUGCGGACUUGGGCGCACUUCUGUUGCGACAGGCGCUGACCCGGCUCGCCUAUUUUGAUGCUCAAGACCUCGUGGUGCUGUUGUCGAGCUUGGUGCGCACCGAGCUCAAGGAGGAGUUAAUGCCCGUGGCCGAGGAGCUCCGGGAGCGUUGUCCGGAGCUGCGGGGCGCCACAGUGCUGAGCAGUGCCUGCAGUGCAGCCGCGUGGCUACCCGAGCCAGAUCUUCGCACGCACCGGACGCAUCCGGACGCCGUGGGACCCAUGCGAUGGCGCACUCCGCUGGGCCAAGUGCGGCGCCUGUGGACGCCCGGCACAGGGUACAGGCCGCGGGGCGACGACCCCCAUCGCAGGCCCCACGUGCGUUUGCGAGAAGGGGCGGAGGCCAAGGUGCAACGUGGGCACCCGUGGGUGUUACAAAAUGCCAUCCAGCAACCGGAGGAUCUGGAGCAUCGUCCCCACUGUUUGGUCAACGUCGAGGCCUCCGACGGAGAAGUCUUGGGCGUGGCGCUCUACAACAGGAACAGCUCCAUUGCUCUGAGGAUCCUGAGCAGGACCGCCUAUGUGCGGGUAGAUGCUGGUUUCUUCGCCCAGCGUCUUUCAGCCGCCCUGCAGUACCGGGAGAGGCUUUUCGCUGAGCCCUUCUACCGCUUGGCGCACGGAGAGGCCGACCAUUUGCCCGGGCUGGUGAUUGAUCGUUAUGACGAUCAUCUUUGUAUUCAACCCUUUUCCGGCUUGGACGAGUUGCUGUGGCCCAUUGCCGAUGCCCUGGACGAGGUCCUGAAGCCCAAAGUGGUGAUCAUCCGCCAGGACACGCCGGGCCGACGCAGGGAGAAAGCUGCCCUGAAACGAGAAGUUCUGAAAGGCUCCUACCAGGGCCCCAGCGAGCUGAGAGAGCAUGGUGCAUCCUUUGCCGUGGACCUGCUCAGUGGCCAAAAGACUGGCUGGUACUACGACCAGCGAGAGAAUCGCUUGAUGUUGGCCAACCUCGUGCGGGGUUCGCUCCCCCGUGUGCUGGACGUCUACAGCUACGUUGGUGGCUUCGGCGUGCUGUUGGCGCAUUACGGUGCCGCCUCGGUGCUGUGUGUCGACAGCAGCGAGGCGGCGCUGGAGCUGCUGCGGCGCUCCGCAGCGAUGAACGCCGUGCAGAGCUGCGUGAGGUCCAUCCGCGCGGAUGCCAUGGACUUCUUGCAGGAGAAGAGCCGGCAAAAGGCUGCAGGGGAAGACCUUGAAGACUCGGAGUUUGACUUGGUGAUCCUGGAUCCCCCGAACCUGGGCGUGGAUCGGCUCACGGCGUCCAAGGCCCUGCGGCACUACGAGAAGCUGGUCACAGCGGCGGCCUCGCUUUGUGCGCCGGGUGGGAUGCUCUUCGUCGCCUCCUGCACCUUUUCCAUAGGUCGUCCAGAUGUUUGCGCCCAGCCAUUGCGAGCGAGAGCUCAUGGGAGUUUGCCACCGGUCCUUGGCAUGGCUCCAGCGCGAUUAUCGCCUGGUGAGCAGCGGCGCGCAGGCCGCGGAUCAUCCGGGCCACCUGAUGCUCCCGGAGUCUCGGUACCUCCGCGCGCUGCUUCUGCAUCUCUUCUGAUGCCAAAAAGGGGGAGCGUCCACCGUGGCGUCCGUGGACGGUCGACCUGGGGUGAACCCGGGGCGAGCGGAGGGAAUUCGGAGAAGCCACCCAAAACCACCUGAACUUGGUCACC